AUGGAACAUACUUACGGUCUUCUUGCCAUGCGAGCUCACAACAUCCACGCUGCUGAGCGCAACAAGGAUCCCUGCAAACGAAUCAUCAUUGCCUUUGCUGGACCUCCAGGAAGUGGAAAAUCUACUGCUGCGCAAGAAGUCGUCGAUCGCCUGAACAAGCAUCAUUAUCAACCAUGGGCUCAGGUCUUGCCAAUGGAUGGCUUCCACUACUCUCAAAGUACUCUUGAUAUGAUGCCAAACAAAGCAGAAGCAUAUGCUCGGCGAGGUGCUGACUGGACAUUCGACGCGCCGAAACUUAUCAACUUCCUACAACAUCUGCGAUGCUCAAAGAUGGACUCGAAAGCUGAGAUACUGGCACCCGGGUUUGAUCAUGCUAUGAAGGAUCCAAAGACGGACGCAAUCAGAAUCGGGCCAAACACCUCCCUUGUCAUUCUUGAAGGAAGCUGGCUUUUGCUUGAUCAGGAACCAUGGAACGUCAUACCAGCCCUAUGCGACGACACGUGGUUCAUCGACGUUGAGCCUUCAUUGGCCAGGGCAAGAAUAGCCAAGAGACAUGUACAAGCUGGCAUCGAGGCUGACAUGUCUCGGGCAAUCCUCCGAGCCGAUACAAACGACAUGAUCAAUGGAGAAAAGAUACGUUCGAGGCUUGUCGCGCCUAAUUUCAGAGUCCAGAGUGUUGAGACGACGGAUGCAGCCUUGAACGCGACACCUGCAUCAGCUGCAAUCAAUCUCAUCUCUUCAAUCCCUGGGAGUCGCAAUGAGCCAGCGGCACUCGGUUCUGUCAUUUCUGGCCUGCGUGUUUGA